AGAUUAAUUUGCCUAGAAGAUGCUCGAUCUUUUUACGAUCUUUAGUAAAGGUGGUAUCGUUCUCUGGUGCUUCCAGAGUACCGCCGAUAUUUUUACUCCCAGUGUAAACGCCCUGAUCAAAAGUGUCAUUCUGCAGGAGAGAACGGGGAAUCAAAUAUUUGAACACGAGUCGCUGCGGUUACAAUAUAAAUUGGAUAAUGAAUUUGAAUUGGUUUUUGUCGUCGCAUAUCAAAAGAUAUUAAAAUUAUCAUACGUCGACAAGUUUUUAAAUGAUAUUCAUUUAGAAUUUAGAAAUCGUUUUAUAAAUGAGCUGCAAAGUUCAAAAUUAUUUUUUAAUUAUGACUUUAUGAACAUCUAUCAAGAAACGUUGACGCAAUCCGAGCAAUGGGGAAAAUCUCAGGCUAAAAUUCCAAAACAAAUGAGAACGUUUGACGAAAGCGUUAAAUCUAAGAAGACUGUAGCCAGUAUGAUAGAAAGGAAGGAUGAUAACAGAGACAUUAAAAAACAAAAAAUGCCUAAAGUAUUAGAUUCACCCAAACCCGUUGCUGUUCAAAAUGGCGAAGUGGGCGAAGAACUAUUGAUUGCUAAUCGCAUGAAAUUUAUGCAGAAAAUGACCGAAGUGAAAAAGAAAGCUGACAAACAAAAAAGUCCAAAGCCUGAAAAAGCUGGUAAGAAGCCUAGAGUGUGGGAGUUGGGUGGAACUAAUAAAGAUCUUGCAAAUUUGGAACGUACAAAAGAUAAGCCACAAGAAGCUGGAGAAUAUAUUGCUGCCGAUUCAACUAUCAUUGGUCAAAUGAAAGGUGGCAUUCGAGACUUGGAAGUGGAAAGCGAUACGGACGAAGAAGGCAUUAACGAGCAAGAUAUUCAACGAACCGCAACGCAGACAGCACAAAGAAAGAGUAAAAGUGUCUUUUCCAUGUUUAAGAGUCUCGUAGGUAAUAAGUCCCUUAAGGAGGAGGAUAUGCGUCCUGUAUUGGAGAAGCUGAAGGAUCAUUUAAUAUCCAAGAACGUAGCCACCGACAUAUCUCAGAAGUUAUGCGAUUCCAUUUGCACGAAGCUCGAAGGCAAAGUCCUUGGUACGUUUGAUAGUGUGGCGAAUACUGUGAAGUCAACAUUGACAGACUCGUUGGUACAAAUUUUGUCGCCGAAGCGUCGCGUGGAUAUUUUGAGAGAUGCUUUUGAGGCAAAGCGAAACGCGAGGCCCUACGUUAUGGCGUUUUGUGGUGUUAACGGUGUGGGCAAGUCAACGAAUUUGGCCAAGAUAUGCUUCUGGCUGAUCGAGAAUAAUUUUCGAGUGUUAAUUGCCGCUUGCGACACCUUUAGAGCUGGAGCUGUCGAGCAAUUGAGAACUCACAUGAGACAUUUGAAUGCGCUUCAUCCACCCGAGAAGCAUGAAGAUUUAACGAUGGUUCAAUUGUACGAAAAAGGAUACGGAAAGGACGCAGCGGGUAUAGCCUUGGAGGCGAUACGCUUCGCGAGGGAAUCACGAUUCGACAUCGUACUCGUCGAUACAGCUGGCCGUAUGCAGGACAACGAGCCGCUCAUGCGCGCCCUUGCCAAGCUCAUCAAAGUCAACGAGCCGGAUCUCGUGUUGUUCGUAGGUGAGGCGCUGGUCGGGAACGAAGCCGUCGACCAACUCGUCAAAUUCAAUCAAGCCUUGGCGGAUUAUAGCAAUUCCACUAAUCCUCACAUAAUCGACGGCAUCGUGCUUACGAAGUUCGAUACCAUCGACGAUAAGGUCGGAGCAGCGAUCUCCAUGACUUACAUAACUGGCCAACCAAUCGUUUUUGUAGGCACUGGUCAGACAUACACAGAUUUGAAAUCUCUUAAUGCCAAGGCUGUUGUUCACGCGCUAAUGAAAUGAAUAAUGUUACCUAUUUGGAUAAUCUAUUCAGACAUAAAUUUAUUAAAUCAUUGUUAUAUAAUA